UUUGUUUUAUCUAUAAAUUUUAUAUUUUUUAGAUAUAUAUAAAUAUAAUUUUAUUUGAACAAUAAUUUUUUUUAAAAAAUAGAAUUUUACUUUUGACAACGUGCUUUUUGCAAAGAAAGGAGGUUGUAUUUGCGCCACGUCGAUAUUCCCCACCAUCAACAUCAUUCUAAGUUCUUUGUGAACGGCGGCGAGGAAGGAAAGAGGAAAGAGGAGAGAGGAGAGAGGAGAGAGGAGACAGCAAGAGAGCGGGGCGAUGGCGGGGCUUUACGAGAAGCAGGCGGAAAUAUACGCACAGGCUCGGCCCAAAUAUCCGAGAGGGUGGUUCACGAAGCUCGCCUCGCUGACCGCCCAUCACAAGCGGGCGUGGGACGCCGGCACCGGUAGCGGCCAGGCCGCCGUCAACGUCGCAGAACAUUACGAGGAGGUGAUAGCCACGGACGUUAGUGAGGCCCAGAUCAAACAUGCCACCCCGCAUCGAAAGGUUCGGUACGUUCACACACCUCUCUCCAUCUCGGAGCAAGAUUUGGUAUCCAUGCUCGGAGGUGAAGGCUCGGUGGAACUGCUUGGGGUGGAUCUGAUAUUCGGAAGGUAACUUUCAAGGCUUUCAUGCUUGCCGGCACGCCAAGAUUGGAAGGCUAGCGCUGGGAGACUUUGUUGGAAUGUAAUAUUUACCGAUUCCGUGUGAGAAUAAACUGUUGGGUUGCAGAAAUGUAGUGGGCUAAGGAAGGAAGACAAAUUAAUUUCUAACACCCCCUCUUAAUUUGCAAUGUUGAGCAGCUUCUUGAAUUUCUCAAAUUUUUUAGCACUUAUGGCUUUGAUGAAAAAAUCUGCAGAUUGCUCAUUUGUAUUGAUAAACUUCAAUUGUAUUUCUUUUUUGUUCACCAAAUCUCUGAUGAAAUGAUGCCUCAAUUCAAUA